GCAGAGUGCACUGAGGACAACCCCUGUGAGGGCCUGAGCCGGCACGCCACCUUCUCCAACUUCGGCAUGGCCUUCCUCACGCUGUUCCGCGUGUCCACGGGGGACAACUGGAACGGGAUCAUGAAGGACACGCUGCGCGAGUGCGUCCGGGAAGACAAGCACUGCCUCACCUACCUGCCCGCCAUCUCGCCCAUCUACUUCGUCACCUUCGUGCUGGUGGCCCAGUUCGUGCUGGUCAACGUGGUCGUGGCCGUGCUCAUGAAGCACCUGGAGGAGAGCAACAAGGAGGCCCGUGAGGACGCCGAGCUGGACGCGGAGCUCGAGCUGGAGAUGGCGCAGGGGCCGCCCGCGGGUCCCAGGCCCGUAGCCCCGCAGAGCCCGGGCACCGGCCCUGACGCCCCCAACCCCCUGGUGGCUCGAAAGGUGUCUGUGUCCAGGAUGCUCUCUCUGCCCAAUGACAGCUACAUGUUCCGGCCCGUAGCGCCUGCCUCGGCCCCUCACCCCCACCCGCUGCAGGAGGUGGAAAUGGAGACCUACGUGGGCACCACCUCUGGCUUGACCUCCGUGGAGCACGUGCCACCUGUGGAGUCCUGCGCCUCUCUCCAGGCCUUGCCAACUGCGUCCUCCCCUGCCAAGGGCAACAGCACCCUCCUCACCCUGCCCCCUCGGGGCACGGCCCACUCCCCCAGCUUUAGCCGCCUACUCUGCAGACAGGAGGCCCUGCACACCAACUCCCUGGAAGCCCAGGCUGAAGGCCCUGCGGACUGCGGCCUGGACUCGGGGGAGCCUGAUGGGAAGACCCCCACCGGACAGGCGUCCCUGGGGGACUCCCUGCGGUCCCCGCCCCGCUCCCCGAGGCCCGCCAGCAUCCGAGCCCGAAAGCACACUCUCGGACAGAGCUGCAUCUCCAGCCAGCUGCAGGCCCCAGCCGGGGAGGUGGCGGAGGCCCCAGACCCAGCCGACGAGGAGGUCAGCCACAUCACCAGCUCAGCCCGAAGCCCCUCGCCCGAAGCCCACAGGGUGGUGGCUGGCAAGCCGGACCUGGGCAGGCUCUAUGGUGUGGACGCCCAGGGCCUUCUGGACCAGCCCGGCCGGGCAGACCCGCACCGGCGGCCCUCAGUGGAGCAGGGUGGAGGGGACAGCUGCUCUGAGCCUGGAGAGGUGAAGGCCCCGGCCCUGGAGGCUGAGCCGGCGCUGGGGUCGCGCAGGAAGAAGAAGAUGAGCCCCCCGUGCAUCUCCAUAGACCCCCCCGUGGAGGACGAGGGUGCAGCCUGGCCCCCUGCAGCAGAGGGUGGCAGUACCACCCUGCGGCGGAGAACCCCGUCCUGCGAGCCCAUGGAGGGCUUGGGGGUGGACCCUACCAGCAAGGGGGAGCGCUGGGGCCAGGUUCCCUGCCGUGCAGAGCACCUGACCAUCCCCAGCUUUGCCUUCGAGCCGUUGGACAUGGGGUGCCCCAGCGGGGACCUGUUCUCGGACAGUGGUCACAGGGUGGCCCCAGAACCCAGAGCUUCCUCAGGGGUCACAGCACCUGCCGAACCUCACAAAACAGAGUCUCCCAUCCCCUCCAGCGACCCCCCAGAGAAGGGAUGGGGGCUGUACCUCAACGUCCCCGAGAGCCCUCCAAAGAAAGCAGGGUCCCCCCCAGCCAGUCCCACACCUGGUGACAGUGCGGAUGAGCCUGUGUAGCUGGGGACACGAUACCACACAGGCUUGGCACUGGGGUUGGGUAUCCAGUGGGGUGGUGGCCCCAGGCAGGGCCAUGCAUGGACCCCAGCUCGGGCCCUACGCCGGGCAGAGGAGCCGGGAGGACAUCGGCCCAGGGAGAGGGAGGCAGGCGCUGUUCUGGGUGAAAGGAGUUAGGUUAGCUCCUCAGACUGGGAGCCUUUCUGUUCAGGUUUGGUUUUCACGCGUUUGGCCGCUGUGGUCAGACUGCUGGCAGCCUGGUCAGCAGUCCCUUCACGAGAGAGGACCAGGGACAAGGACCAGAAAGCAACCAAAAGGAAAAGGUAGAGGCUGCCCGGCAGAGUCCCGUCCUCACAUCCACUUACUUUUAUAGGGAGCUCACGCUUGGGGCCAUUGUGCCCUCGCGGGUGGCAGCUCAGUCACCGGGGCCCCCGCAGCCGUGCCUCACCAUCACUCACAGUCUGAGCUCCUGUCCGUUUGUCCCGACUUCUGCCAUCGCUGUCUCUCCACCUGCCCCUCCUGGACCCCUCCCCACCAUUCUGUCCAGAAAACACCUGUGGACUGGUCUCUGAAACGCCGGAUCGCCAGGGAAUGGGAGCCAAGACCCCGAGGCCAGCACCUCCAACGGCCACCCUGGGGUCUGAGCAGAGCUGUGCCCACGGAUGCCCCUUUGUUUCAUUUUGUUUCUCUUAUAAAUUCAGGUUAAAGUUGCAAUAAUCCGAUGCAGAAAUUCAGCUUCUGAAGUUGAGGGCAUGGGGGGCAGAGCAAAACAGAAUAAACGUUAACUUAUUUAAGGAACAAGAGGGCGACCGGCA